UGGGGGUGGGGUGGGGGUGGGACACCAACAUAUAAAAAGUUCGCACGAGCGGACCGGCGCGCGACCACGAGCGUGAAAAAAACAGGGUGCUUCUUCUUCUUCUCUGCGGGUGAGAGAGGCUGUGCAAUCCUCAGCAGUGUUCUGAGACUGUACGGCCACGACCCCCGCGACCCCCUCCCGCCCCCCUCCACCCAACCCCACCUCUAGCCCCCCCGGUCACUGUCAGCCUGGGUUUUAACGGACUAACCGACAUGGUCAGUCAGAGGACUUGUGACCCGCUGCGCACGUCGAUUUAAAAUAAACAAAAAAACACCACCACCACCAAAAAAAGGAGAGAAAAGCCCACGUGUUGCUGCUUUUGACUUUCUAAAGUCGGACUUAACGAGACUGAAGAAGAAGAAGAAGAAGAAGAAGAAGAAGAAGAAGAAGAAGAAGAAGAAGAAGAAGAAGAAGAAGAAGAAGACAACAUGACGGCCGACAAGGAGAAGAAGAGUGUUUUCCCGCGCAGGAGCAGCUCCGAGAGACGUAAGGAGAAGUCUCGCGACGCGGCUCGCUCCCGACGCAGCAAAGAGACGGACGUGUUCUACGAGCUCGCCCACCAGCUGCCGCUGCCGCACAGCGUCACCGCCCACCUGGACAAGGCCUCCAUCAUGAGGCUGGCCAUCAGCUUCCUGCGCACGCGCAAGGUGCUCGCCACAGGCUGCAGCAGCAGCAGCAGCAGCGGUGAGGGUGAUGGUGAUGGCGAUGACGAUGGUGAUGGUGAUGAAGACGGACAGAUGGACAGUCUGUACCUGAAGUCUAUGGAGGGCUUCAUCACCAUGGUGACAUCGGACGGCGACAUGAUAUUCCUGUCCGACAACAUCAGCAAAUUCAUGGGGCUCACGCAGGUGGACCUCACUGGUCACAGCAUCUUUGACUUCACCCAUCCAUGUGACCACGAGGAGAUACGAGAAAACCUCUGCCUGAAGACAUCUGGCAGCGGCUUCGGUAAAAAAGGCAAAGACCUGAGCACCGAGCGAGAUUUCUUCAUGAGGAUGAAAUGCACGGUGACCAACAGAGGACGAACGGUCAACCUCAAGUCAGCCAGCUGGAAGGUGCUGCACUGCACCGGUCACCUGCAGGUGUACAGCAGCUGCCCGCCGCCGCGCGUGCCGUGCGGCUUCUCGGAGCCCCCGCUCACCUGCGCCGUCCUGAUGUGCGAACCCAUCGCCCACCCGUCCAACAACGACACGCCGCUGGACAGCAAGACCUUCCUGAGCAGACACAGCAUGGACAUGAAGUUCACCUACUGUGACGACAGGGUAACAGAGCUGAUGGGCUACACUCCUGAGGACCUGCUGGGUCGCUCCGUCUACGACUUCUACCACGCGCUGGACUCGGACGGCGUCACCAAGAGCCACCACAACUUGUGUUCUAAGGGCCAGGCGGUGAGCGGUCAGUACCGCAUGCUGGCUAAGAGCGGCGGCUACGUCUGGGUGGAGACUCAGGGCAGCGUCAUCUACAACAGCCGCAACGCCCAGCCUCAGUGCAUCGUGUGCAUCAACUACGUCCUCAGCGACAUCGAGGAGGAGUCCGUGAUCUUGUCCCUGAAGCAGACGGAGUCCACGCCGCUCCGCCCGAGCGGCUUCCUCAGCGCGGGAGGAGGAGGAGCUCCGUUCGCCCGACUCAAGGAGGAGCCGGAGGAGCUCGCCAGGGCCGCCGGCGUCGGGGGCCGGGACUUCGAUCGCCCUCCGUUCGAGGAGCCCCCGCAGCCCGGAGGAUGCGCCCAGGUGUCCGUGGCGGCGAUGCCUCCUCCGGGAUCCACUUCCUGGGCCAGCGAGAGCCUCAAGCCCGCCCCUCCGGCUUCAGUCCCGAGGGGCGUGGCCAACAUGGCCGGCGGUGCGUUCACUGUGCAUCGGAAUCCUCCGGCGCCGCCGCCGGGCAGCGCCACUCCGAGCCUCAGCAGCUGCUCCACGCCCAGCAGCCCAGGUGACUACUACAGCCCGGUGGAGCUGACUGAGAAGCUGUUUUCUCUGGACACGAAGGGAAGCAGUCCUGCACACACGGAGAGCAACUUGAGUGACUUAGACCUGGAGACUUUGGCUCCCUACAUCCCGAUGGACGGCGAGGACUUCCAGCUGCAUCCCAUCAUCACAGAGUCCGAGCCCCUGGACGGGGGUCCGGCAGGAUCCGUUGGGUGCAACAACAGCCUGGCCAAGACCCAACAGUCCACCCAGCCGAGCUUCAGCAACAUCGCCAGCCUCUUCCAGCCCCUGUCCUCCCCUCCUCAGCCCCAAGGCCUCUACCAGCACCAGCCGGCUGCGCCCUGGGCCGCGGGGGGGGAGAGAGGCUCCGGCCAGGGCGCCCUGGACUCCCGUCACGGGCCUUACGUAAUGGGGCACAUGCAGAAUCAUGCGUUCCAGGCUCUAGCCAGCGCCCCUCUGUCCUCCAUGGGUGGCAGGCAGAAUCUGCAGUGGCCACCUGACCCUCUGAUAACGUACCAGCAACAACAACAACAACAACAACAAGCCACCAAGGCGUACCUGAUGGACCCUUUGUCUGGAGAGGAGCGCCCGUCCUGGCAACAGAACGCGCCUCACCUCGUGCACAAACACAGCUUUGUGCAAGCCUACGGAGACAUGAGUCCAGCCAGAGGGGCCAUGGCCAACAGCAUCAAGCGCCCCUUCACUCCGAUGACUGUGGGCGACGGCACGCCUUCAGAAGGCACAUGGAAGAAGAUGAGGGGGGACAGCUGUGGCGCCAUGGACCGCCGCCUCAGCGCCAGAUCACUGGCAGAGAUGGGCUCGAUGACGCCCGCCGGCAUGUCUUCACGUCUCAGCGCCGCGCAGCAACACAGGAAGUGUCAGUAUCCAGGAAGCGGGAUAGGCGGCGCAACCGAGAAACCCUUCCUCCACACGAGCUGCAACUACACGUACAACGUGCAGCCGUCGAACAAGGCCGAGGGCGUCGCCAGCCGCCUGCUGGGCUCUUCGUUUGAGGCCUCCUGUCUGCCGGAGUUGACCCGCUACGACUGCGAGGUCAACGUCCCGCUGCAGGGCAACCUGUACCUCCUCCAGGGCUGCGACCUGCUGAGAGCCCUGGACCAGGCCACCUAGAGACCCGGAUCCAAAAAUCUGCCUUGGACCUGGACUUAUUCCCGACCCCAAGCCUCAGUCUUUUUUUACCUUCAUACCUCUGGGUCUUCUGAGAGCCCCCGAGGCUAAGCUACCUACAGGCAAUGGUAUUCAUAACCACAUCCUGCCUUAUUUAGCUUCUGUGGCUCAGCCCACACUCGCGUCCUCUGGUCCUCUUAUAGUUCUGUCACGUAGACCGUCUACAAGCUGAGAUAUCAAGGUCAAGGUCUCUUUCCUGGAUUCGCAUCAGAUACAGGUUGAACCAGCAAGUUGCCCACAAAGAUGACCCACACAUAUAUAAAGUAACGCGGGUCACUCGGUGAACGCAGGACAGUCAACAGUCAAAAUAAUGGCAAACUGGCCGCGGCGAAAACUCUCCUCACCGGGAUUUACCGGUCAUCGGAGUUUUUUUUCUUCUUCUUCGGUGUAAAAGGAGUAUUUCCGUGGCAACGGGAUUCAAACGUACAACCCUUGUGACUUAUCGAGGCCCGGUCUCUAUGAACUCUAUGCAGCUCAGUUCACAGACGUAGCUUCUCUUUAGCAGCUGUGUGUUGUACUACCUAGACGACACUGUGUUCUCUCACUUUCAAUAUUUAACCAGCAAUUGAACCCGGCCCACUUUCUUCGUCCCCGUCAAAGUUGCGUGUCACGAUGAGACAUUUUUAGAAUUAAAACUACCGCUAAUUAUUUUUUUAAAGCAUGCCAUCUCUAUCUGCCAAUCAAGUAGAUAUUCUGCCAACGAAUUUAAAUUGCCUCUAUAAGGGCGUCCAACUAAAGUAAAAACAACAUUCAACUUGUACAUGACAAUAUAGAGAAUAUAAUAAUAUUUUAGUAAUGAGCCAUUGACCUCUUCUUGCCUGGAUCCAUCCCACCGGAGUCCCCGUAACAUCACCAUCUGCUCAUCUGUUCAACUGUCAUUACAUCAGCAUUAUAUUGAUAUUUUACUUAUUAUAAUAACUCUUUUUUUUUUUACACAUUAUACAUUUUAGCUAUUGUCGCCAAGUUAUUUCAUCCCAAUCAACCGGACGCACCAACACUGCUUUACUUCUGAUUUGUUUUUAUGUUUUAUUCGACCAAUCGGAUGCUUUUAUUCCCUCGUGGAGAAGCGAACAUAUCCUGUAAUAACAUGUAUUCUACUGUAAGCUGAAUGUUAAGUUGUUGUUUUGUAACUUUUGUCCUCACACCUGUCCUUUAUUUAUCUAAACGUGUGUUUCUCUCUCACUUGACCUCCUCGGUCAGGUCAGUAGCUCGUGUGACGACGGGGUCGCUUUUUUCUUUGUGUGCAAUUAUUUCAUUGAGCUAACGUCUCUAUCGUCAGCGGCGACGCUCGCCGUGUUCACCAAAACAGAUAGCUUUGCACGACACGAUCUGACUUGCACAUUGUGAUAGUUAACGCGAUGACAUAUUGUUGACUUGCGACAUAGAAAAAACCAUAAAAAGCAGAAGUGUGCACGGACGAUGUGUGCCGCGGCGGGGAAGAGAGUUUCACUCCGAGCUUUAAUCGUUGCCCUUCAUAGAUCACGUGUUUCUUCGGCUUUGUAACUACAACUAUUCAUUAGCUUGUUUUGCAGAUCUCGGUCGCAUUCAGACUCCGUGGUUUUACAUUUAGCUUUCGACUUGUUCUACCAGCCGUUGGUUUCCGUUAGCACCACAACAACGUAGCUCGCAGAAUGGUUCGCGCUAGUGGAAAGUACGGGAGAUUUGUGGUAAAUUGGCUCACGGUUUCUUGAAGCUACUCGGAGGAUAUUUUGGAUGUCACAGGCUCUGAUCAGAGAUGCACUUUUUCACGUUGACUGAUCCAAAGGACGAUCGGCCAAUCAGAGAGCCACUCGCGUCGGUCCCGUUGACCUCAGUUGUCCCAUUGUUGUGAUAUUAGCGCAAAAAAAUCCCAAUCAAAUUACAUUUAAAAAAAAGUUUAAUUGCAGUUCACCAGCCUGUGAAGUGACUUGAAGUGUUUGUAUUCAUCUUCAUGGUUAGGCCAGUUUAUCUUGUAAUUCAUGCCAAUACCUGAAAGCUUUGCCACAAGACUAUGAUGAGUCGAUCUAAUACACUAUGAACGAUGCGUAAGGUCAGAGGUCAGAGUUUUUACAAAGUAGAAAGUGCAAUUUUCACCCAAAUGAUGUCAGUAAUCUCCGCGGCACGUUAGCCACGUUCCUCUGUUCCCUCCUUUCCCCCCCGUACACUCAAAAAUAUUUUUUAUAAAUCUCACUCUACUUUUUGAGGUAAUGGUCUUUGCGUGGUGACCACUCAGAAGAAUGAAUCCUAGAGCUUUGUUCACGUGUUUAAAGACUAAACUAAUGUUGCCGAUAGUGUUGUGAGUGUUUGUGUUCUGGUACUUUGUGGUGAUGGAUCACAUCCCUGGCUGUGCAGUUCUCUCUCGUGCUGUUUCUUUGUUGUGGAAUUUAUAUUUUAUAUUUUCCUCCAGGGGGGUUUAAUCCUUAAAUAUCCUAUCGCUAAAACAUCUAUUGGAUCUGUUGGCUGGGCAGUUCUGUUUUUGUUCUCGCUUUAACACACACAAAAAGUUCAGAUUUUAAAAAAUUUAAUUGGUUUCACUUCUCAGAUAUGUAGCAUUUUGAAUAUUGUAAAGAAGGUGAAGUUGCCAAAUAAUUAAUCAUAGUUUUGGAGUUGCAUAUAUAAAAGCAUUGGUGCUUCAUAGACCAUGUAUGUGUCAUUUUUGUUAGACUUUGUAUGACAUCUCUUGGAUCCUAACACUAUAUUUUCAUGUUCUUUGACAGACGUUGUGUUGACAUAUUCUUUAAAGUUUAACAUUUUUGUAUCCGUAUAAUGUGCCUUAUGGUUGUCCCAAUGCAUACUGAGUUUGCCCUUCAAGCGCACCUCUAGAGUAGAACCAUACCAGAACACAUUUUGGAUCCCCUGGUGAUAACAAGUACACAUUUGUGGACCGCUUUUAUUUUUUUAAAGGGCGAGAUUCUCCUCGCGGUUGACGAUGAAGCUGCUUGUGGGCUUUGGUUUAGUUGGAAGAGAUUUGACUGGACAGUAAACGGUCAGAGGGUCAAAGGUCAGCGCCUCUCUUUUGACGAUUACGUGAUGAACCAAAUGUGCCCGUCUUUUACGUUUUUUGCUUUAAAAAAAAACCCAAAAGUGGUUUAAACAGGCUGCAAAGUUUGCCUUAAAAAAAUGGUGCAGCCGACAUAAUGAUCCAGAUGUUUAAGAAAGGCUAUGACCAAAUCUGUUGAAGUAAAUGAUAAUAAGUCCAAUCCUAUGAAUAUUAAAUCUAGGUUGUAGACGAGUAAAUGGAGCCAGAUAAAAACCACAUGACUGGAGAUUAUUAUUAUUAUUCUGUGAGGGGUGAGAAACAGUUUGAGAGGUAAUGAAGGAGGGAAGGAAAAGAAGUGAUGUCGACUUGAAGGACACAAAAGGUGAGAUGGAUUCUACUCAGCCUGCCCACUGAUGCAUAUCUCCUCAACUCCUCCACUACUUCUGACUCCUCGGUUACCACUCUCACUCCUCGAGAAGUUGGUUCGAUUACAGAAAAGUACCGUACAGCUUGUUCAUAGCACGCUUUUUAAAACCUUAUUUUAAGUACAUUUUUGAAGUCCAAAUAGGUUUUAAGUUAAAAAUGUUUAAUGUUCUGAAAAAUGUGCUUCAGCACCUCAGAUGUAAUUGUUUAACAAACUGAUGAGAUUUGAACUAAAUUGGGUUAAUGCAUGUGGAAAGAGUUUGCUCGAUGGAAGUUGUUUUUUAGAAAUAAUAAUCGAGGCAACGGGGAGGUCCCGCCCCCAUUUUAGGAUAGCUUCUGCUCCACUAGCUUCAAUCAGACAAUAACAAAUAGAAUGUUUAAAAAUUGACGGUUUUUAAACGACCGCUCAUUUUAACUAAGAGAGCAAAUUGUUCUUAAAGCUUCUUAUGAGAUGUAGUUAAGUUAUUCUCACAUUGUUUUAUCUUUGCUAAAAUGAAGAAGUGUAUCUUGUAAUAUGGAGAGCUGACCCGAGGAACAGGUGUCAGCUUUUCAUAAAGAAAAAGCAGAUGCGAGUAGCACAGAUGCUAACCCAAAAAUGGGCGGAGCUUAGUCUCUAUUUAUAUAUAUAUAUAAACACCAGAUCUAGGACUCAACCUGCUGUGCUGCUUGAAGGGUCUCUCCCCCCCCCCCCCCCCCCAAAAAAAGGUGACAGAACGUGUCAGGAGUUGAUCCACUCAUUCAUUGCACUUCCUUUUUCAAGAUAUCAGUAUAUUUUGUCUGGUGACAACAGGGUUUUUCUUUGUUUUUACUUAUGGGAUCCAUGUUUAGCUAUUUGUAUUCUGUUUUUGUCGAUGUCCUACAGUACAGUUAUAUUAGCUGAUCAAUGAUCUGCAUUUUUUUUUUUAAAUGCUAAAAUUCCGUAUUGAUCUUAUUAUUAUCGUAUAUUAUCAAUGUUAUUACUAUAUGGGGUAUUUAACCCGAUGAGAAGUUUGUGUUUAUGCACUGAUAUCUUAUAAUUAAAGCAUACUGAUCUUACUCUCC